CACAACAUGAAUUUCUACCCGUGCUACAGUUCCUCUACCGCUUUCGCCCCCUCCGAUGCCUCCAAGGCUUUCUCUCACGAAGACAGCCUGUCGCACUACGUGGCUACGUCUUCAGAGGACGUCUUCGCCGAUCUUCCACUGUUAGCUUGUGACCAAGAUUCCACCGGGUAUACAGAUGCGGAGUCGCUUCCGAGUCUAGAAUCAGAGCUGGAGACGAACGAGAGUUUAUUCCACGUCAACAUCUCAUAGACCGACGCUCAUCUCACCGACGCAUUCGUCCUCAGAACAGUGUCAACUUCCCCGGAUCCCCUCAAUACCCCGGCAUAUAGCUCAUCCUGUUACCCCGCCUAUCGCGCGAUGUUUCAAGAAUCGAGCGAGAUCGCGACUCUCUGUGCGUCCCACCCACGCCCAUCGAAUCCCCUCUUUGAAUACGACCUCGUACCUGCACUCGAUGAAGACACCUCUUCCGAGUCCACUCGUGCACACGCCGCUGGCCUUCCCCAUAUUCCCAUUUUGCCCCAUCCAGAGCCGCUUCAAGCCCUUCACAGCGCUCCUAACCUCCUCGCACCACACCGCCUCAACGCCCCCGCGUCCUCCACUGCCGCCGCUCUUCUUCGUACGAAUCGCUGGAAGUGCCCGGCACUGCUUGCACGUCCAGCGCAGUCAUCGCGUGCCGCAUAUAAUGCAGCAGAUUGACACGCUCCAACGCGUGACGGACGUCGCAACUGGGCCCGUCUCGGGUUGCCAAUUGAGUGCGCGAUCGAUGGUGGGGUGCCCGCGAAGAUCGUGAGGGAGGAGCUGGUGUUGAAUCUUGAAGGCAGGCUGAUGAUCCGAAGGUGUGAGGAGACGUGCUGUCGACGGAAUGCGUUCAUGAGGCAUCUGAGGAAGGAGGAGGGGAGGUGCUCGGAGACGCGUUGGCGGACUGGCGGCCGGGAACAGGAAGCUGAGUUGCUCUAACUUCAGCUCUACCUCGAUCACUUCAGCGGUGCCUCGAUCACUUGACUAUAACUCCCUGCCACACAAUGCGAUCGCAUCCUGAGCACUCGCAAUGCGGCGACAUCGCAAGCACCCUAUCCGUGGCACUCAUACUCAUCGAGCACCUUCGUCCUCCGCAUAUGAUGUUGGACCCACCAUUGACGAAACCUCGCCGCUUCAUGCGCCAUCACAAGAUGGCCCGCGCGCGCAGCCGGCGGGCUGCCAUCCCUCCCCUUACUCCUUCCCCUUCGCUUUCGCAGGCACUCCGGCAAGGCGCUACGGAUGUCCUCGCGGCCCAACUCCGAAACGCUUCCGCGUCCUCCACUCCUGGCUUCCUCCGCACGCCUUACCGCUGAUCCCUUCACGAAGUCUAUCAUUACAUUCCCCGAAAGUUUAGAAGUGCGCGGUCUGUGGGCGGACUGUUUGUCCACCAAUCGCACUGCGCCGGUGGUGCGGAUGGACGUCGAGGGGCGGCGCAGGCGGAACACGCUCAAUGCGUGAUGAAAUUAUAGCCAGGCCGCGUCGCCGCGGCGUGCACAAGUACUGUAGAGCGGAAGGACUGACAUGCGAUGAAUGUAGUUGUUGACCAUAAGUACCGCUGUAGAA